AUGGUGAAAAUGCAAGGAGCAUCAGGGAUUUUGAGAAAAUGGAGAAAAUGGUCCAUGGGCUAUCAGGUACUGUCCCUACCGGUGCCCACAUCUUUCAAGAGAAAUAAAAGAAGCCCAGUUACUGUUGUGGUGGGAAAAGAAAAGAAAACCUUCAAGGUUGAGUCUCAGAUUUUGGAGUACUAUCAGUUUCAACCUCUGCUGGAGAAGGCCAGUGUUGGGGACAGAGAGUGCUGUAUUUUCUUGACCUGUGAUGCAAUCCUCUUUGAGCACAUGUUGUGGCUGGUUGAUACCCAUGACCCAUCUCUUCGUUCUCUCAAUGUGGAGCUGCUCUUGGAGUUUUAUGCCCAGGAAUCAGAUCAUCCUAAUACUGCAUCCUCGUUGCUCUGGGAUUGA